AUGCCUCCCCUGCCCCCAGAUAUCCCCGCAAAUGCCGCCCCCACCAGCACUUUUAUACUCUUUCUUAAUGCCAGAAGAAGGUCGACGACGCGCCGCGAAAAGAACUUCGCCACCAAGGAGUUUCCGAGGAGUUCGCGGCCUCACUAUCAUUUGACCCAUCGAGUGAUCUACGCGGUCGGUAGCAGCAGGUGUCCCUGCGGCGCGGCCAAAAGAAUCCACCCAUCCGCGGGCGGCCAUCCGCGCAGUUCUGAGGCCUACCGCCUCUACCCCUUCUCUCCCUUCCCUACCUCCUGACACCGCCAAAGCUCACCGCCACCGCGGCCCACUGCGAUUUUUCAUCAUAUUUUGCAGCCGCUGCCGCGCCAUACACGUAACUUUGAAAAACUCCAUCCACAACUUCAACGGCCGGUGACUUCGCCGCGAUCGCGAUUCACGCAACCCUCAGUCGGUUUGGUACGCGUGAACACGUGGCUUACAAGAGGACUGUUGGAUUCUGUGGGAGUGAGUGAGAGAAGACGAAAGUGAAACGGGGAAGAG